ACAUGUCUGCACUCAGGCAAAACUCUGAUGAUGAACAAGUGUGUACUGAGGACAUUGAUGAAGAUGAAAUCCUGGCAAACCUGUCCCCUGAGGAGCUAAAGGAGCUGCAGUGUGAGAUGGAAGUUAUGGCCCCAGACCCCAAAGUCCCAACUGGGAUGAUACAGAGGGAUCAGACGGAGAAACCGCCAACGGGAAGCUUUGACCACAGGUCCCUGGUUGACUACCUGUACUGGCAGAAGGCAUCCAGACGCAUGCUUGAGGAUGAGAGAGUUCCUGUCACCCUCUUGCCCUCUGAGAGAAGCGCUGCAGAAGAGGUGGAAGGAGAGGAUGGAGGCAGCAGCAGGAGGGUGCCAGGAGCAGAGGGACAAGAGAGACAUUACAAAAAUGAGCACUUGUCCAACUCGGGAACACAAUCUUGGGAGACAAAGAGGGAUGGGAGUGAUGUGGAGAGAGAGAAGGAGGAAGAGGAUGAAGAAGAGGAGGAAGAUGAUGAUGAAGAGGAGGAGGAGGAAGAGGAUGAAGAGGAAGAUGAGACCGAAUUGGAAACAAAGGAGACUCACACCAGUGAGAACAGUCACAGUAAUCAGAUAAGUAAGAAACCAGGCACAGAAUCAGGAGAAGGCACAGAAAAGCCAAGUGAAAAGAAGAUAUCAAAAUUAAACAUCCCCCAAAAGUUAGCUCUGGAUACCAGCUUCAUGAAGAUAAGUGCCAGGCCUUCAGGAAACCAAACCAAUUUAGAAGAUAGUCUGGAGAAAGUCCGAAAAAACAACCCAGACAUGAAAGAGCUCAACCUGAACAACAUAGAAAACAUCCCCAAAGAAAUGCUGAUAGACUUUGUCAAUGCCAUGAAAAAGAAUAAGAACAUAAAAACAUUCAGCUUGGCCAACGUGGGGGCUGACGACAACGUGGCUUUCGCACUGGCCAACAUGCUGCGGGAGAACAGGAGCAUCACCACGCUGAACAUCGAUUCCAACUUCAUCUCUGGCAAAGGGAUCGUUGCCAUCAUGAGGUGCCUGCAGUACAACGAGACGCUGACGGAGCUCCGCUUUCACAACCAGAGGAGCAUGCUGGGCCACCAGGCAGAAAUGGAGAUCGCCAGGCUGCUGAAAGCCAACGCCACCCUCCUCAAAAUGGGGUAUCACUUCGAGCUGCCGGGGCCCAGGAUGGUGGUGACCAACCUGCUCAGCAGAAACCUGGACAAGCAGAGGCAAAAGAGGCAAGAAGAGCAAAGGCAGCAGCAAAUGAAAGAGCAGAGAGAGUUGAUAGCGGUGCUGGAAAAUGGACUUGGGUUGCCUCCGGGAAUGUGGGAGAUGCUGGGGGGACCACUGCCGCAGCUGAGGAUGCAAGAACCCCCGCAAGCCCCGAAACCAUCCGACCCCAUGGCUAUGUCUCUGAACAAAAGGCAGGAGAGCACGAGGCAGCCAGCCCCCGAGCAGCCACGCAGGGAGAAGCCUGUUGAAUUCAGAGUGGUCAAGCUGAAGAAGAUUCAGCGCAAGCCUGCUGUGCCGGACUAUGUGGAACCCACCGAGAAAACCAACCUCAAAGACGUCAUCAAAACGCUUAAACCAGUCCCCAGGAGAAGGCCACCUCCCCUGGUGGAAAUAACCCCAAGAGAUCAGCUGCUAAAUGACAUUCGUCAGAGCAACGUCGCCUAUCUUAAACCGGUGCCUCUGCCAAAGCAGCUGGAGUGAGAGACCAGAUUGCCCUGAAGAAAACAAACUGGAAUAAAGACUAUUCAAGUUUUGCUUACAACUGUUUCAGCAGAUGUUUUCUGCAGAACCCAGGUGGUAUAUAUGACUCUUUGGGAACAAAGCUUGUGAUACAUAACUUUCUAAGUGUGGUGAAAAUGGCUGGCAUGGGAAAAGUCAGUGCUAAGCAUUUCCAUCAGGUAUCAAACAAUCCCAGUGCCAUCUGUCUGUCAAGUGGAUUUGAGGCUCCAGUUUGUUGUGGGAGUAUUUUCUCAGAGGCAUCAAUAACCUUGUCUUUCUAGAUUGUCAGCAAACUGUUUUGCUUCCACGUUGUCCUGCUGCCAGAUUCUGCAGGAAUAUGCUGUGUGCUUCAUCUUAUCUUUCUUUUCACAGACUUGCUCCUUUAUUAUUCUCUUGUCCGUGAGAAAUGUUAUUUGGUUUCCAUGUAUACAGCUCCAUUUUUUAGUUAAGGAAACAGGAAUGAAAUAAAGCUCUCUGUAAGA